AAAUCGCAGCCAAUCCAGAGAUCGACGAGCUUCGUGCAAAGAUGGUGUGUGUUGAAAACAAACAGUACACCGUCGAAUACCAUGAACCAACCAAGAGAUACAUUGGAAACGCCAUCCAAAUAACCCUCAACGACAACACUGUCUUGGACGAGGUCGAAAUCCACUAUCCCAUCGGCCACAGAAAACGUCGCGAGGAAGGAAAACCAGUUCUCCUAGCAAAGUUCGAGCGCCACGUCAAAGAGCAUUUCAAGGACGACGAGGCAAGGGCCCAGAAGAUCAUCAGCGCCAGUUACGACCCCAACUUCGACGAAAUGGACGUCGACGACUACGCUGCUUUGUAUAGCACUGCGUAGUUCCGUAAAUAGUUUUAACUUCCGCACACGUGCGCUCUUUUCGACCCCAUCAACAAAUCAUCUGCAGCACUUUCAGCUGCUUUCCUCUCGACCUCUGCCAUCUGCCACAAGAAGCUCACAAUGUUCAGACAGCUCGCCUUCAAUUCAGCAAAAGUGCUCCUCAAAAA